GCGCGGCUGCGACGUUACGUUUAUUUUCGUCAGACUGGAAAAAUAUUACAACUUAGUCGCAUUUCAUUGGAUUUAAUCGAUUUAUUCAAAUAGUCCAAAGCAGUCCAAAUUAUGCAAUGGUGUAGAUCAAAUUAUGCAAUAGAUAGAUCCCAGAUUACCAAAGAAGACUGGACCUCACCAACACUGUACUAGAACGAAGAUAACCGAAGAUCACGCCGCUUUGCCCGCGGUCGCUGUCCCUACUUUUCAUUUUGGCCGUUCUCUGACUCUGAGAUAGGUAUUUUACAGAGAAACAGGAUGGAUGAGGAUGGGCUACGGCAGAGGCAAACAGGCGCUGCCAGAGAUGAUACUGAGCCACUCCUACACUCAAGGACUCAGGCCAGACAGCCAAUGUCAUUUUGGGAAUCCAUCAAGGCCAGCAUGGUGCUAUCUCUUGUAGGGAUAGCUAUCUUCUUUGGUGGUAUCGGACUGCAGUUUUGGAAUGAGGGUCGGGCGGUGGAGCGCGCCAAGGCGCUGUCGGAGGGUCUGAGCAGCGCUGUGCCGCUGAGCGCCCCGCAGCGGCCACUGCCAGAGAACGACGGCCGCCUGGUGCACUUCACGGCGCAGCUGGAGGUGCCGCAACCGCUGACCGAGCCGCGCUACGGCGUGGCUGUGGCCGCCGUCAAGCUGAAGCGGCGCGUCCAGAUGUACCAGUGGGUGGAAGAACAGAGCAGCAGGACAGUGGAAACGGCCGAUGGACAACAAGUGGAGACGUCGUACAAUUACUACAAAACAUGGAAAGACAAACUGGUGGACAGUUCGUCGUUCAACUCGCCGUUCAAUCACGAAAACCCAAAGACGAUGCCGCUCGAGUCUCGGAUCCAGGAGGCGCCCGUGGCGCACCUGGCCGGUUUUCUGGUGACCGAGGAGCUGCGCCAGCUGCUGACGCGCUUCACGGUGUUCGCCUCUGACGAGCGACCGGCCGACCGGAGCAUCAAGCUGCACGGCGACAUCUUCUACCACUGCGACAACAUCGAGUCGCCUGCGGUGGGCGACAUGCGCGUCCAGUUCGCCUACGCUGGGAAGUCGGGAGACACGGUGAGCGUGGUCGGUAAGCAGGAGGGCGACCGUCUGGUGCCGUACCGCACCUCCAACGGCCACCAGCUGCUGCUGCUGCAGCCGGGCCGGCGCACGCACCACGACAUCUUCGCCGACGAGCUGUCGUCGAACCGGGCGCUGACUUGGUGGCUGCGCGGCGCCGGCUGGCUGCUCACAUUCGUCGGCCUCAGCUGCCUCACCAGCCUGCUCAACGUGCUCGUGAGCCGGUUCCCGGUGGUGCGCGAGGUGGUGGCGCUCGGCGUCACCUCGCUCAACUUCAGCGUCUCGGUGGCCGUCUCGCUGGCCACAGUGGCCGUCAGCUGGCUGUGGUUCCGGCCGCUGGUCGGUGUCGGCCUGCUGGUGGCCGCCGCGCUGCCCGUCCUCUGGCGCUGGCGCUGGGCAGACGCCGACCAGUGGGAGCCGCGCCCGCCACGGGUCACCGUCACACGGCCCCGCGGCCUGUUCAGGAGUCAGCGCGCACCGCCCGCCGCAGCCGCAGCCGGAGCCGCCGCCGCCCAGCCGCCGCCGUACGGCUGGAGCGUGCCGUCCUGAUCACGGCGCUGCUGGAGGUCGGUGCCAGUCAUGGGUGCCGUCCUGAUCACGGUGCUGCUGGAGGUCGGUGCCAGUGGGCGCCGUCCUGAUCACGGCGCUGCUGGAGGUCGUUGGUGGAGGGGAGGUCUGUUCUGGGCGGCUGGUGGCGGCAGGGUGCUGUCUCGGUUGGUUUCUCGGGUCCGAAGCAGUAUGACGGGUCGCUGGUUCCCGGUAGGCGCAGGGCCUUAUAGUGAGGUGCGGUAAUGUGUCGUCUAUGCCUUGUCUCGUGUACUGAGUCGUGCAGUGCUAGACAAGUUACGGAAGAACAGCCAAAGAAAGGGCAGUCGAGUUGUUUGUGAUUCCUAGAAACGUAUUUAUAGUGUUUAUACAGCAGCUCUCAAGUGCCAAAUGGGCUUAGUGGUAAGCUCAUAAACGGUUCAUAGAUAGCGAGACGUACUGCAUGUCUAUUGUCGAUAUAUCGAUAAAUCAAGACUUGAAUCUAUUUCAUGUAUGGUUACCUGGCAUAUGGAAUCCAGGCUCUCUUCGCGAUCCUCAGCUUGAUGAACUUUGUUCUGAUAUUACACUUGUAUCAUUAAAUAUUGUGCUCAUUUGCAUCUUUUCACCAUUUGUAUCGUAAAUGCAUAAGCAUUGAGACUGUAAGUCGUUAAUUUUAAGCGUGGGCUUUUUUGUAUACCAAUUACCAACGUCAGACGUUAAACGAUUCCAUGUCGCAGUGGUGGUUAUUUAUUGUCCAAUUUGAGCAUUCAAUACCGUAAGGUAGCCCAAGGUGAGUUGUUUUCCCGUCCUUCAUGCUUGGAUGGGGCCAGUCAAAGGAUGCACGGUUAGUGGUUGUGAUGGGGUAUGGUAUUGCCUCAAUACACCGCAUUCGAAAUGA